CUCUGAAGCAAAAAUAUUUCUUGCGUUUAGGUUUUGCUUAGUUAAUUAUUAAGUAUUAGAUUAGUUACCUUAGUAUAGAAUAGACAUAUCAUUAUGGUCUCUAUGGAGAAGAAAUCGGAUGUUCCACUAGAAGAGGCUUUAACCAUAGUUGGUGGUUUCCGUUUCACAGCCUACCUUAUUUUGAUUUCGGGCCUCAUCGGAUUCGGUGCAUUGCUAUGCCUUCAGGCUAUGGCGUUCAUCAUACCAACAGCAGGCUGUGAAAUGAAGCUUUCUGACGCAACUAAAGGAAUCAUGGCGUCUAUGUCCUUUACAGGUAUGCUAUUCUCAGCUCAGUUGUUUGGGUUCCUCGCGGACACUUUUGGAAGGAAACGUGUAAUGAUCUGGAGCCAAUGUGGGACAUUAGUAAUUGUUGUUCUAUGGAGUCUUGCACCGAAUCCUAUGGCCUUGGGGGUGGUGUUGUUCAUGAAUGGAUUAAUUUUGACUGGUACUUUGACUCCAGUAUAUGUUUACAUCGGAGAAUUCUGUCCAGCUCGUAUCAGGGCAAGAGCUCUACUUGGAAUGUCGGCCAUAAUUGCUAUGUCUAACAUAUACCUCCCAGGAAUGGCACGGAUAAUUUUACCGCUAGAUUUUCAUUUGCCGAUAUUUGGCCUGCUCACAUUUACCUCAUGGCGCCUCUACAUUUUAAUUCAAUCGAUACCAAUUUCACUGGCACUGUUUUUUCUUUCAAGACUGCCAGAAACACCAAAGUUCCUGUUAAGCCAGGGGAAGAGGGACGAAACCAUGAAAGUACUGAAGAUAAUUUACUCUAUCAACAAUGGAAAUAAUGGAAACGACUUCCCGAUAAUAAGCUUGAAAGUGGAUUCUGAAGAUGAAGAAAAGGUUUCCCCUACUCAAGAAAGUGGUUACCUGUUCUUUAGAUACUGCAAGAUGAUGUUAAAACAGUUUAUUGCUUUGUUCUCAAAAAAAUAUAUUCUGAUCACUUUGAUUUCUUGUGGACUGCUUUUUGGUGAGAAUGGAAUGUGUAAUACCAUGAUCUUAUGGUUCCCUGAGAUGACAAGUAGAAUCAGGCAUUUCGCUCUAACCAACGAUGAGUUCAACACUGAUUUAUGUGGCCUUAUGAAAAAAAACAAUGUUGGAAAUAGUCCUGGCUGCAAGCUAAACUAUCAGUUCCUCUUUGCUGGGAUUUUGCUGGGUAUAGUUGAAGUGAUUGCUUGUAUUGUUGUAGGAGUAUGUGCGAGUUGGAUGAACAAAAAACUAGUACUCUCUGUGAGUAUGUUCUUGACUGCUGGAAUAAGCUUUGCAUGCGUGUUCAUAAAAUCAGAAUAUAUAUUAUCCGUUUCACUUGCACUCAUAAUCGUAAUUCUAUUUGUGAUGUUUCCUGUGAUAAUAAGCAUUGUUAUGGAUCUGUUUCCUACGAAAUUGAGGUCAGCAGCAGCUUCUAUUAUAAUGACAAGUGCUAGAUUGGGAUCUGCCUUAGGUGGUCAGAUAAUGGGGCUACUGUUUGAAAAUCAUUGUGAAACAGGUUUUUUCGGAAUAACGUCCAUAAUUAUAGGUACUGGCAUCUUAUGCAUAUUGAUACCAAUCAAGACAAGUGAUGAGAAGACACAAGGUAUUGAAAGUUCCUAGAAUCAUCCAACAAAGUAAUUAUAGAUCAUUACUUAAGAUUAUAUUUUGUAAUUUAUAUGAAAUUUGUAUAUAUCGUAUUUUUUUAAUUUUUAUUAUGUAAAUAACAAAUUUUAUAAUAAAUAUUAUAUCAACUAA